AAACAGAAAGCUAUCGCCUAAAUUGGCAAGAGUUGAGAGAAGGUCUGUUCAACUGCUCAGCCGCCGUAUUUCUCCGGGAAGAUUAAGGAUGGUGGAUUUGAUGUGGUUAAGUGCUUUACUUCUUGGAGCUGCACUUGGAUAUUACAUCAGCACUCUACGACAAUCCCGCGGCAUCUUUGUCCCCUCCAGAACUGUCACCAUCAAUGCGGAUUCCAAUGGCAAUAAGAAGACCAAGUCCAAGGAACCCCUCGAGAUUGAGAAACUCACUGAUUUCCGCCAAAAAUUCAAAAUGGUUUUGGUAGUGAGGAAUGAUCUUAAAAUGGGCAAAGGAAAGAUUGCAGCUCAAUGCAGUCAUGCAACUUUAGGUUUAUACAAAAAACUCCUUCAACGGGCACCAAAAGCCUUGAACAGAUGGGAAAAUUGUGCCCAGCCAAAAGUUGUUGUCAAAAUCGAGAGUGAGGAAGAGAUGCUAGUUUUGCAAAAAAAGGCAAAGUCUAUUAAAUUGCCAACCCAUAUCACCAUUGAUGCCGGAAAAACACAGAUAGCUCCAGAUUCAAGGACAGUUAUGGCUAUUCUUGGACCGGUGGAUGUUGUUAAUGAUGUAACAGGUGGACUAAAGCUUAUGUAACAACAUUUGGAUUCGAUAUUGAUAUAGUCUAGCAGAAGGGAGAGAGUGUUAAUUGGCUGCAAGUUUUUUCGUCAUUGCGGAGUGAUUAAUCUGUUUUCCUUCUUCUUAACCAUUCUUGCCACUGAGAAGUCUAUCAAAUGGAAGUUAUAUCGGUGAUGGAUUUUUAGUGUUUUAAUUAGAAUAGUUUCACAAACUCCAUACUUUUUGUUUGUCAACCAAAA